CUUUGUUGCCAUCCAUCAUGCUAAUCAUUAAUUAGACCUUAACCUAACCCUGUUCAAGUGUUGCUCAUGCAACAAAACUCCAACGUAGACAGGCAUGCAAAAGAAUCUUUUGGUAAGCCUUUUGUCGGACAAAAGCCACAUUUUCAUCACCACUAGAUUCUCCAUUCAUUCCUUCCCUCCCUCUUUACCCCACUUUGUUGUUUUCCUCUUCUUCUAAGGCCAUACAUACGUGGAGAAGAAUGCGCGCCAAAUUAGGGUUGCGAAAAGAAAGAAAAGAAAAGAAAAGAAAAGAAAAGAAAAGAAAAUGGAGGAUAUAAUAAACUGGCAGUGGGGGCUUGGUUCUUCUUUGUGCUUUUCUAGCCUGGUUUUCUCCACUCAUGUCUUCUCUCUUUCCAUGUAAGCAGCAGAUGACAGAUUGCCAAAGUGUGUUUCGCCGUUUCUUCAUUAGGUGAACACCAGAUGACAGAUUGCUAAAGCCCUGUGUUUUCAAGCUAGCCAGGUUGAGAUAAAUUCUGAGCAGUUAAAUUCUAACCAUGCGUAAAGAGGAGUAAUUCAACGGUAAAAAAGUAGGGGGACGAGUUAUGGUGACAACCCUUUAAGGGGUUGUGGGUUUGACAACCCACUUUAUAGCCAUUAGAUGUAUUAUCUCUCUUGUCUCUCUCCUGUUAUUUUUAAAUUGAAGGUUGAGAUGAAAUGAAUGGUGUUUUUGAGAUGAAAAAACUUACCACACCCAAUCAUUUUCCUCCCAUAUAAAAUAAUAAAACCCUAAUCUAAUUCAUGCCAACUUCACAGCCGUUCACCACCUCAUGCUUCCCUUCCUCCCUUUCUUCCGCGGACGUUGUUGCCGCCGCCGCAUCUCCCUCUUCCUCUCCCAUGCCCACCGCCACCCCUGACCUCCGCCGCGUCGGCUGUCCUCACCGUCCUGCCGCACCUGCUGUCCCCGCCAUCAUGAUCGAGAUCUACGCCGCCGCCUGGCUCCGCGACGUCAAGAUCGGCUCCGUCCGCGUUCUCAUUAGCAACCUCUUCCCCUCCUCCGGCAAUGGCAACAACAACCACAACAAUGCCAAGAUGCGGUUCGUCGCGCUCCAGAUCCGCCGCCCCUCCGGUCGGCCGCAAGGGAUCCUCAACAUGGGUGUGCAGCUCCUCGACAACACCAUGCGCUCCAUGCCGCUCUACACCGAGCUCUCUACCUCCGGCGUCGGCUUCAACGACCUCCUCGACGCCAAGGCCACCGCCGGGGGUGCGAAGAAUCUCGAGGAGAAGACCGCCAAGCUUCGCCGCACCAAGAGCGACCGCACCGACCUCACCUCAGCAGACAACGACACCCACGUCACCCGUAGUGCUAUUGGUAUGCUACCACUACUCACUGAUACGUACCAGUGGCUCCCCUAUCAUCUGGUACCACUAUCAUCUGGUACCACUAUCAUCUGAUACCACUAUCAUCUGUUUUUUUUGUGUUAUUCUCUACUGGUACCGUUACUAAUGCUAGUGGUAGCGCUACCAGUGCUAGUGGUACGAUACAAUAUGGUAGUGGUAGCGCUAUACUGGUAGCGUACCACUAGUACUGGUACAUUGUUUAACGCACUGGUAGCGUACCACUAGUACUGGUACAUUGUUUAACGCACUGGUAGCGUACCACUAGUACUGGUACAUUUUUUAACGCACUGGUAUAUUAAUUACCAGUAGACUAAUGAAUUGGUACACUUUUU